AUGCACAUAUUGACACACACCGGCACGUACUGAAAACGUUAGAAACCAAUUGAAAAACCCUAUCGACAAACUCUGCUGUGCCACAUAUUCACUUUCUUUUCUAACUCUCAUAUUAACAAAGAGCCCUCUCGCCCUGCUCCCCCCUCUUCCUCCGUCGUCCCCUGGCCCAGGCCCAUGGCCACGGUGCUGGAGCCCGGCUCGGGGCCCGAGGUGUGUGUGUCGGUGCUAUCGGAGGCGCUGGUGCCCGAGUGGUCGGUGUGCGAGUGGCUGCAGGCCAUCGGCAUGGACAGAUACAGAGACACCUUGGCAGCAGCCGGAUACAGCAGCUUCCCCAGCCUACUGGCUCUCACGCACCAGGAAAUGGACAGGAUCGGAAUCAUCACCCCGUCGCAUCAGGACAUCAUUCUUGCCAGUGUGCAACACGAAAUGCUGUCCCAAAUGCAGCAGUUACAAGACAGGAUGGUUCCGGUCUGAGACCACAUACAGAACCCGAGACUAUUUUAGUUUUUUGUUUUUAAAGAGGAAUGUAAUGUACCUCAUCCAUAUGCACUUUAGAGGAGAUUUACAAACGUGGAGACAGUUGAGAGAAAGACAAACAAAAUAAAAGGAACAAAUAAUAGAAGUCGAACAUAAGAGGAAGAAGAACAAGAGAGCAGCACUUUUGGACGCUACUGUCAUGUUUUGUAAAAUCCUGAUGGGGAAGUGGAUACGCAUCAGCUACUGAAGUAGGAACCAGGGGGACACUGAUCAGCUAGUGAACUAGAACCCAAGGGGACACUGAUCAGCUAGUGAACUAGGACCCAAGGGGACACUGAUCAGCUAGUGAACUAGGACCUAAGGGGACACUGAUUAGCUAGUGAGCUAGAACCUAAGGGGACACUGAUCAGCUAGUGAACUAGGAACCAAGAGGACACUGAUCAGCUAGUGAACUAGGACCUAAGGGGACACUGAUCAGCUAGUGAACUAGGACCCAAGAGGACAUGCAACAGCUACUAAACCAGGACAAGUGUGGACAUGGAUCCACUGCUGAACUAGGACCAGAGGGGACAUGUAUCAGCUACUGAAGGCCAGGACCUGAGGGAACAUGGAUCAGCUACUGAAGGCCAGGACCAGAGUGGACGUGUAUCAUCACUUACUGAAGGCCAGGACCAGAGUGGACACUCAUCAGCUACUGAACUAGGACCCAAGGAGACACUCAUCAGCUACUGAAGGCCAGGACUGAAACCUUGCUCUCUUACUUACCGUUCUUUAAUUCCCCGUUGUAGAAACACCUUUUUAUUUAUUAGUUUUUUAAACAAAGGCUGACGUGUAAGACUGUGUAUAGAGAGAAUGGCCUCCGACUUUUUUUUUCUGUUGCUGCUUGUUACUUGACUUGUAAAAAAAAAACUAAGCAAAUCAAAUUAUUCUUUUAAAUUGCUCGUCAUUUCCAUGUGUGUAUGUGUGUGCCUCAAGUGUUUGUGUGUGUGUGUGUGUGUGUGUGUGUGUGUGUGUGUGUGUGUGUGUGUGUGUGUGUGUGUGUGUGUGUGUGUGUGUGUGUGUGUGUGUGUGUGUGUGUGUGUUCUUGAGUAGGUGGGUGUGCACGUGUGCAUGUUUGCGAGUGUGCAUGGGUGCCUGUGUUCGUCCAGUGUGUGUGUGCGUGCGUGUUCCUGAGUAGGUGUGUGUGUACGUGGGUGCCUGUGUUCAUCCAGUGUGUGUGUAUGUGUGUGUGUGUGUGUGUGUGUGUCUGUGUGUGUGAGCGGUGUACAGGAUGUGCAUGCACGCAAAUGGUUACUCCCUUGCCGUGUCAUUAGCAAAUCGUAGAAUAUUUUAAAUAUGCAAAUGUGCCAGAGAGAAUGGAGAGGGCUGCAUCAGUGCAACAAUCCAAACUCUCACUAGUUCCACUCUGGAGUGAGGAAGCAUACUGAGGAAUGGUAUGAUGUCAUCCUUAAAAAGUGUAUAAAGAUUGUACUUAUUACUACUAUUUCUUGAUUAGGCAUUUAGACUAGACGGUUGUUCAUCUGUCAAUUGCACAUGUCUGUUUCUUUUUAUUUAUGCUCUUUACGCUCUCUUUUUUUUUACGUAGUUUGUAAAUUGUAAAAUAACCGAGCACUGAGAAAUUGUCAUUGUUGCCAUGUUGCAUUGCAAUAAAUACCAAAACCUA